AUUUGUGUAGUGUGUGCAGGCUUAGGUCAGCACGUCAGUUCUAAUUUUUUCUUUUUGUGUUAGUUUGCUGAACACGCCCUGCCAUUUGAUCAUUCAUUGUAUUUGGGUAAUAGUUGAUUGUCACUGCGUUAAUAAAACUUUAACACUUUACCUGUGUUUGGUUUUUUUAUUCUUUAGUUAGGCUUAAAAGCAUUUAUAAAAAAAAACAAAAAAAAAGCAAAAUUUCACGCACACACGUUUUGGCGAAUAAAGUUGCCAGACUAUUCGGCGCGACUGCACUGCACAGCUGUUGCAAUUGAGUUGCGGCGUAUAUCGUUAUCGAAAGAGAGAUAUGGACAACACCAAGGAGGCGGCACAAGAUGAUCCAAAGCGGAAAUCAGAUCAGAAGAGAUUAAUUCAAUUGAUGCAUGAAUACAAUAAUCUCAAGGAUGCCACACAAAUCGUCCUGGCGGCCCUGGCCCAGUCUAAUGGUGUUUCACUAAAAUCCAUGCAUAAAAAGUAUAACUUGCCAAUUGGCGAAUAAAAAACAAUAACUACAAAACACA